AUGCCGCUCCAUGAUUCGUUCCCCUCCCCCUGCAUUCCGUCGGCUGACUCAUUCCUUCCCACCCUCUUCCGCUUUUCUCCCGCUCCCUCCCUUCCCGCUGUGCACACACGCGCACUCUCCAUUUCCCGCAACCCAUUCUUUCCCCGCUCCCCCCCCUGCAGCCGCCGGUAUUCCCGAGGCGACUCCCCCGGCUCAGGGCCCACCACGCCUGGCAACAGCACCUCCAAAAUCCACGCGCUUCUAUCGACCAACCGAUCAGGCUCGGGAUCCAGCCGAACCUCAGGCUCGUUCCCGAAGCGCCACGUCAGCACGGGGGCUGCAGGUAACAGGAACGACGCGCCGCUUCAAGCCGCGGAUGCCGGCGUCAACGCGGACGGCGUGCGCGUUCAGCUGUUCCCCGAUGGAGACUGCGCGGGUGGGCGCGCGGAGGGUUGUGCGGGUGGGGGAGCGGAAGGUUGGGCGGACUUUUCUGCGUGGGAGAGUGGAAACGGGAGAGGGUUCAACGGAGAGGGGGCUAAGGAGAAUGGAAGGGGGGUAAGCGCGGUCAUGAAGCCGCCCUCCCCCCGCUUUCACGCGCAGCAUUCUCCGCGCCCCCGGCCGCCUUCCCCCCGCUCCGCGUCUCCCCGCGCAGCGCAGCCAAACUCCCUGCAGAUGGGCGUGCGCCGUCUUCCCUCCCCCGCCGUCGGUCCCCCCGCGCUCCGCGAGGAUCCCCACGGGCGCGCGCGGAGCCUCGGUGUGGGUGCGGGUGGUGGCGGGGGUGGCGGAAACGGCGUAACCACCCUCUCGCCCCGUCCACGUGGCAGCAGCUUAUUGGCUCCGCCGCUCGACGUGAGCACGCUCAAACCCGGUGGGUUUCAUUCGAAUGAUCUGUCGUCACCGCGUCAAAUUGACGGCAGCGGGUAUGUAACGCCACCUCAGCAUGACGUCAUCGACUGGGACAGCGCGAGCGGCGGAAGUGGCGGGAUUCCCUUCGGAGAGGAGAAUCUGGUCGCGGCUGCGGCGGCGGCGGCGACGACAGUUGCGGCGGCCAAUGCUGGUGAUGACAUUCCUUGUAACGCGUAUUACGGUGCUAGAGGCGCCGCUACUGCGGCCAACGGAUACGUACCCGCCCCCACGACGCUGCCGGCUCGAAGGCCUAGUUUCGGGGCAAGCCAUAACGGAUCAUUCGGCGCGACAAAGCACCUCCAGCAACCGCAACAGCCCCAGCAGCAGCAGCAGCCUCACGAGACGCACGAGCACGCGCAACAGCAGCGAAUACAUCGGUCCAUUUCGCUCGGCGCUGAUGCGCUGGCAGCUGCUGAUUGGCUGCGAUCCCCCGCGGGGGCAUCUCGGCGCGGAAGCGCCUCCCCUUCCGCCGUGCAUCCGCUCCCCCCGCCCCGCACCACCACCAUCGGCGCUACUGGCGCAAGCGCAGCAGCGGGAGACCAGCGCGCGGAAGCUUUGCGCGGAGGGGCGCGCGGGCAGGCGGCGGAGGAUGGGUAUGAAGAGGCGUUGGCGGAAGGGACGGCGGAUGUUCUGCGGAGCCGCGUCCGUCGCGCUUAUAACGCGGAUGACAGCAACGACGGUGACGAUGGCCCCGUUGUAAUGACGUGCAGGCUGUUUCCCAGAAGGAGCACGUCGCGUACGUCUCUUAACGGAGGUGGCAGUAGCGGGGACAGCGUGAGCGGAGGGAGCGUGCGUGAAGGGAAAGACGACAAGCACAGUCGGAAACCGAAACGAAGCAUCUCUUGGGGGGGAUGGAUGAAGGCAGGGGGAAGCGGAGGGGGAAGGGAAGCAGAGAAAGGGGGAGAAGUGGCAGCGAAAGCUGGAGUGGUUGGGACGUUUGGUGGGACAAUCGACAAGGAGGGAGAAAAGAGUGCUUAUAAGCCUGACUCUCAGCAGAAACCGGUCCUUAAUGGGCGGAGUGAAGAGGUUCUUAACGCGUACAAGGCCCUUACUCAGCAAUCCGCCGCGUGGAACCAGCUUAAGGCCGGGAAUGACGUCACACCUGGUGCUGCUGACGUCACGGUGCCGCCCACCCCUGCACCUGGUCCUGCUGCUGCCGAGGCUGCUGCUCUCGCCGAGGCAAGCGCCCGAGCCUGCCGGCUAGCCUUGGCAGCGGAGUCCGAAGCAGCAGUGAGCUUCUCUCAAGCUGUAAGCUUUGCAGGCUCGGUAAGCACGUCGCAGCAGUGCGGGUCCCACACUCACUCUCACUCUCGCAAGCACUCUCCCACGGUUAACUUUGGCUGGCCUUUGAAGCAUGAUGAGGUGCGAAGAGAAAGCAAAAAGAAAAUUCGAGCGAAGAAAGAGAGGGCAGGGGAAGGGCCGGGAGGGGAGAGGAGGGGCGAGGAAGGAAGAAAGGGAGAAUCAGGAGGAAGAGAGAAGGGAGAGGAACGGAGAGCAUCCCAAGGGAAGGAAGAAAGAGAGGUGUCUCAGGAAGAAGAAAGAGGGAAGCAAGAGAGGUGGCAGCAAAAGGAGCAGGAGGAAAGAAAGGUUGAGAUAGAGGAGGAGGAAGAACGGAAGCAGGAGCAGAGGGAGCGAGGGCAGGGGGGGAAUCAGCAGGAAGACGGACAGAGAGCAGCAGAAGCAGCGAAGGAGGCAGCAGAGGCAGCAAGGCGAGCAGCAACACGUUUUUCAGCAGCAGCAGCGGUGGCAGCAGCGAAGGGCGCGCGGUUGGAAGCGGUGGAGAUCGCUGUGAGGGCAGCGAGAGCGGCAGUGGAGCAAGGGGCGUUGGAAGGAGCGAAUGUGGCGACUCUGGUUGGGCAUUACAAUUCACUGCUGCGCCUGCAGGAGCAGAUGGAACGACAAGAGAGGGGAGAAAUGAAGGAGAGGAUGGAAGAGGAGGAGGUUGAAGAGAACGACGCGAACCGGAAGGGCGGGAAAAUACAAAACGGCGAGUCAGGUCUCGGAGAGUCGCUGAGCGCCACGUGGCAUCGCAACCGCCUGCACGCGCUGGAUGCGCCCACGAAUGGCGCCCCAACCGAGUUGGGAUCCCCAGAGGAGACUUCACUUGAUUCGUCAAGCCUUGACCAGCUUUACCCUGUUGACCAUAUGCAACCAUCUACGGCCUAUCAACUCGCAAGCGAUGAUUCGACGGCUGGGAUAGCGUCUCGUGAGCUGACGCAAGGAAAGGUCGCCGGAUCGAGUCCUGAUGGCGCAAACUUGGUUGCAAUGGAGGAGGAGGACGAGAGAAUGGCGGUGGGGAAAACACAGGAGGAGGCCCUGUACCGACAGCAGCAGGAGCAGCAGCAGGAGGAGCGGGAGGGGGGGGGGGCGGGAAGUGAGCUGCUGCCUGUGCGGGACACGUGCGUGUUCGACGCCGCGCGGGGCCAGUUCGUGCUCGUCGAACAAGCGACGCGUACACCGGGCUUCCGCUUCGCCGCUGCCGACGCGUGGCGCCCCGCAACGGGUAUGCGGCGGAGAACUGGCGAUUGUCGUUUUGCUGUCGACGACACAUGCGCUAUCGUACACGCAGGCGGUUGCGACGACGGGGACCCUCGCACGCGCGACGAGUGCGACUGGAACGGCGGGUCGUUCACCAUCGCACGCGGCGGUGCGAUUGAGGCCGAGAUUGACGGGGCAACGGUGCAAGAUCCCGUAUGGCCCUGUGCGCCCUUCCCCCGCUGCCUGUUCUCCGCCGCCGCUUGCGCGCACACCGUGAUCGCGGAAGACGUUGCGUCGCCGCAGCAGCACAGCCAAGCUGCGCCUCUCCACGUAGCCACGGCCGCUGUGGCUUCCGCCAGUGACGCCGCUUUUUCCUCCGCCGCCGCUAGUGCCGCCGAGAAGCGUGCGGCGGCGUUCAGAAAGAGCAGAGGGGAGUGGAGCACGAGCGGCGCUCUCCACGCGCGGUCCCUGGGGAGCUUCUUCCCCGGAGGUGAAGAGGCUGUGGGGGAAAAUGGCGCAGCGGGAAGCGGAAGCGGAAGCGGAAGCGGAGGAGGGGCGGGAAGUGUGUUUUCUGGGGGUGGGCAGGCAUGGGUUAAGCAGCACGAGGGCGUGGGGGGCGGAGAAGCGGGGAGUACGGGCAAUGGCGGGAAAGGAGGAAUGAAGAGCGCUGAGGGCGCAGGUGACGGGAUGAAGGCGCGGGCGCAAGUGGGGAGCGGAAUGGCGGGCAUGGCUAAGGACGGGGAAGGGCAGUCGCAGGCGGACCAAAGCGGGGGGCCAGGGAGUGCGGCCAACGGGGGAGGUAGCGGGAGCGAGUUCAAGCGGACAAUGGGCGGCGUGACGCGGUUCGGCGCGCAGACGAACGGAUGGGGGGAUUCCUCGUUGGCUUUCCGGCGCGCGUUCGCCGCGGCGUGCGGGUACGGCGCGCGGACGAGGCAGCGAGCCAUGGUGCACGUGCCGGGUAACGCGGUGUUCCGGAUAUUCCCGAUGGAGAUCCAAGGGCCGUGCGGUGCGGGGCUGAUUGUUCGGAUUGAUGGGGCGAUUCAGGCGUUUUUCAACACGGCGGCGUACCCGCGACCCGAGAGCAGCCAUACGUGGGCGAUGCUUGGAUUCGACGGUAUUGACAAUCUCGUGGUCGCGGGGAGCGGUUAUUUGGACGGCGCGGGGCGCGCGUGGUGGGGCCAGGGCAAGCGCCCCAUGCUCAUGCAUUUCGCGGAUUGCCGAAACUUGCUUAUAUCGGGGAUCACUUACAGGAAUCCCGGCAAGAUCCACCUGAAGGUGAAGACGAGCAUGGGAGUCAUGAUCCGGGGCGUGCGCACCCUGGCCCCCUGGAACAGCCCCAACACGGACAGCAUCAGCAUCAGCAGCUCCUCUAACGUGGUUGUGAAGGACUCACGACUGGAAUCGGGCGAUGAUGGUGUGGCCAUAGUGGGCAUGACUCGCAACGUGCUUGUGGAGAAUAUCACAUGCAUCAACGGCCAUGGCAUCAGCAUUGGAAGCUUGGGAGCAGAAGGGGCGUUGGGGUGCAUCCAGGGCAUUACAAUCCGCGAUGUGACGUUCCGGGGUUCCAACAACGGCCUGCGCAUCAAGACGUACCAAGGCGGUGUGGGGAUGGUGUCCAAUGUCUCGUACGACAACGUGCAAAUGACGGAUGUUACGUAUCCUAUCGUCAUUAACCAGUUUUACUGUGAUACCAAGAACGUAGACGCGUCAAAAUGUGUGCCCCAAGAGAACGCGGUUGCCAUUCAAGACAUCUCCUACAACAAUAUCAGAGCCUCUUGUAAUGGAACUGAUGGUAUCACCGUCGGCUGCAGCUCUACAGUGCCUUGCCGAGACAUCACCCUCACUAAUGUCCGAAUCGUGCCGUCAGACCCCGGCAAAACCCUGACUCCGUCGUACUCCAACGCAUAUGGCAGUUCGGGGAAUGUGCUGCCUCUACCGAUGGGCCCAUUGUACUCGUUAAAGGCAGGGUUUCCAGGUUCGGCUGGGAGGCUAUCAUUCUCUUCAAUUGCUUCGCAGUGCCAUUCUGGAGUUUGGACCAGAUAUGAGCAAGAACUGAAACAGCAGAGGUCUGUUCGAGUAGGGGGUGUUAGGAACUCUAGGGGACUAAGGCGAGACUAA